AUGUGUCUUAAAAAUAAUAUAAGUGGCGCCACCUGUGCUCUUGUUGUCGUCCUGCUCUUGAGGCGAGGGCGUGUCCCAAGGGCGCCUCCCACAGUCCGCGGGGACGGACGGGGGCGCUUCGAAGCCCGGGCACUCGGCGGCGCGCUCCCGCGACGCUUGUUAGUGUUCCGCAAAUUCACAGCGGGAUCGCCCGCACAACCGGGACGCAAUCCCCUAACGCACAUUCGGUCGGACGAGUUAAACGCGGCGGCGGGUGGGUACACGGGCUCGCCGUGGCCGCCGCUCGAGCUCGACCCCGUGGGAUGGGGUCGGAAACUAUAUCCAUCAGGAACGCCAAGAUCCUCAGGCGGACUGAUGUUCGGGCUCCACCACCAGGAGGCGGCUGGUGGUCUCCAUGCCCAACCUCGAGGACCCGUCACCUCUCUCAAAGAAGAACCGCUUACACGAGCAUGGAUGACUCCGAGUUCCCUAGUUGAUAAUACGAACGUGGGCGUUGGGCGUGCGCAUUUCGAGAAGCAACCGCCUAGCAACCUGCGCAAGAGCAACUUCUUCCAUUUCGUCGUAGCAUUGUACGAUCGCGCCGGGCAACCGGUCGAGAUUGAACGGACAGCGUUCAUAGGCUUCAUUGAAAAGGACCAGGAGCCUGAAGGUCAGAAAACAAAUAAUGGCAUACAAUAUAGACUGCAAUUACUUUACGCUAAUGGUAUUAGACAAGAACAGGAUAUUUUCGUCCGUCUCAUCGAUUCGGUAACGAAACAGCCGAUUGUUUAUGAAGGUCAAGAUAAGAAUCCAGAAAUGUGCAGGGUUUUACUCACGCAUGAGGUCAUGUGCAGUCGCUGCUGUGACAAGAAAAGUUGUGGUAACAGAAACGAAACACCUUCGGAUCCCGUCAUCAUCGACAGGUUUUUUCUCAAAUUCUUCCUGAAAUGCAACCAGAAUUGUUUGAAGAACGCUGGCAAUCCGAGAGACAUGAGAAGAUUUCAAGUAGUAAUAUCAACGCAAGUGAUGGUGGACGGGCCGUUGCUAGCGAUAUCGGACAACAUGUUUGUCCACAACAACAGCAAGCACGGCCGCAGAGCGAAAAGGCUCGAUCCCACUGAAGGUACUGACGCCGCGCCCGAGACUCACUCUGGCUUAUAUCCACCUUUGCCGGUCGCUACGCCGUGCAUCAAGGCCAUCUCGCCCAGCGAAGGCUGGACGUCAGGAGGUUCCACCGUGAUUAUAGUAGGAGACAACUUCUUCGACGGAUUGCAAGUCGUGUUCGGAACCAUGCUAGUCUGGAGUGAGUUAAUAACAUCACACGCGAUACGAGUUCAAACACCGCCAAGACACAUACCGGGGGUAGUUGAAGUGACAUUAUCAUACAAGAGCAAGCAAUUCUGUAAAGGAGCGCCCGGCAGAUUUGUUUAUGUUUCAGCACUCAACGAACCGACGAUAGAUUACGGAUUCCAGAGGCUACAGAAACUUAUACCGAGACAUCCCGGUGACCCGGAAAAACUGCCGAAGGAAAUCAUUCUAAAACGAGCGGCUGACUUAGCGGAAGCAUUGUAUUCGAUGCCAAGGAACAAUCAGCUUGGAUUAGGAGCGCCAAGGUCCCCUCCAGCCAGCAUGCCUUUUAACUCGUAUACUGGACAGUUGGCGGUCAGCGUGCAGGACACUGCGGCAUCGCAGUGGACCGAAGAAGAGUACGCGCGUAGUGGCGGCUCCGUUUCGCCGCGGUACUGCUCCGCCGCGUCUACCCCGCACGCCGCGCCCGCGUCCUACCCUCAUCCACAGCACUACCCCGCACCUCCCACCUCGCUAUUCAAUACUACCUCACGAAUGGGCGGUCUCGUCUCGUCUCCGUUCAGUAUGAAUCCGUUUUCCUUACCGACCUGCAGUUCCCAGCAGUACGCUCAGACAGCUCCACUAGCGUCCAAGUAAACUUUGGACAACUUCUUAAAAAGGUCCAACAAUGAGCAAUGGA